AACAGGAAGAGAAGAGGGGAAGAAAAAACCUUUUUUCCUGGAGGGAGGCGCUACAAAGUCCGAACAGAGUCAAAGUGACUUUACACAGAAACCUUUACGAGAGCUGUGGAUGAAUUCAGCUGACAGAUGGACAGAGAGGAGAAAGAAAGAAAAGCCAGUAGAUGAAUAUCACCUUGUGGCAGUGUAACAAGUCUUCUGUGCUGCUGUAAGGAGGACCAAAUGCCUCAGGAUGGAUCAGUCACUUCCCAGCCAGAGCUCAGAUUCAGACCAGCUGGAAGCAGACAGCGAGGAGCUGCAACUCAGAGUGGACUUCUUCAGGAAACUGGGUUACUCCUCAGCAGAGGUGAAGGCUGCCCUGAGGAAACUGGGUCUGGAUGCUGACACAAACUCGGUACUGGGAGAGCUGGUUCGAAGCAGGACCAGCGCUGCUCCCUGCAUGCCUGGUACUGACAGUGAUGAGAGAAACACUGGUCUAAAGGACCCUCUAAUGCCUUCAAGCUGGACCCUUGGACCCCUCAGAAACCCUCCAAUAGUAGGGGGCUGGAAGGCUGCGAAUGCAGAAUUAAGGCCGAUUAUCAUUGAUGGCAGCAAUGUUGCCAUAAGUCAUGGCAACAAGGAAGUGUUCUCGUGUCGAGGCAUCCAGCUGGCGGUAAACUUCUUUCUGGACAGAGGUCAUAAAACCAUUACUGUGUUUGUUCCUUCCUGGCGUAAAGAGCAGCCCCGACCUGAUGCCCCCAUUACAGAUCAACAUAUCCUCCUGGAGCUUGAAAAAUGUAAAAUAGUGGUCUUCACUCCAUCGCGGCGUGUUGGGGGUAAACGGGUGGUGUGUUACGAUGACCGUUAUAUUGUGAAGUUGGCGUACGAGUCAGAGGGAGUUAUCGUAUCCAAUGACACCUACCGGGACCUCCAAGGAGAACGGCCAGAGUGGAAGAAAUGCAUCGAGGAGAGGCUUCUUAUGUACUCCUUUGUCAAUGACAAGUUCAUGCCCCCAGAUGACCCUCUUGGCCGCCACGGUCCUAGUCUCGAAAACUUCCUGAGGAAAAAGCCCCUGCCUACAGAGCAAAAGAGACAGCCCUGUCCCUAUGAUAAAAAGUGCACUUAUGGCAUCAAAUGUAAGUUUUACCACCCUGAGCGAAAUAACCAGUCCUACCUGUCCUUGGCUGAUGAACUGAGAGAAAAAGCCCAGAUUUCAACAGUAAAAGAAGAGAGAAACAGCAGAUUAUCUCCCAGCAGUAGGCCUCAGGCCGAUCCUGGGCCUACCCAUAAGCCGUAUUCCUAUCCUCAAGACUCUGAGUACCAACAAAGCUCUUCCCGUCCCAGUAUGGUUAGUGAAAAUACACUGCAGUACUGGAAGGAUCCUAGAAAGGGUCCAAAUAAUCUGCCUUGUUUAGUGACAGCCAGCCAGUGUCAGAAUGAGUGGCCAGGGAUGCCCUGUCAUUACUACACCAGUGUCUCUCAGGAGUAUCUGGAUUCUGGCUUUGGCUCUUACGAAAGCCAGUACUCUGACUUUUCACAUUGCAACAGUAACUCCCACAAGCUCAGGCCACAGCAGCAAAGUGCCCUCACUGGAUCCAGACAUACCUCAGUGCACUUAGAGAAAAACAACUGCCUGUCCCACAGGUGCUGUUCCCAUGUAGGGCCCUCAUUAGCUCUUCAGCAACAUCAUGGGCAAUGGGAGUCAAAGGGCCAAACCAAAUACAACACCUACCCUCCUGACAUGCUUCAGCACGGUCAGCAGAGCCUCCCAAAUCAUCUCCACUACUGUGGAGCCCCAAAUCCUCAGCAGAAGUACUGGUCAGAUCCCUUUCAAGGGAUUCCCCAAGCCAGGACAUCAUGCAGUCUUCCCUCUGUGGUCCAGUCCUCAAACUCCCUCAACUCCUGCUGCUCUUACAACGAUCAUCAAUACUACUCAUGGAGUCAACAGCAGGCGUCGUCUGCUGAGUUUGAUCAGCAAAGGAUGGAACUCCGCAAGAAUCUGCAAGCCAUCUUCAACCCAAAUCAGGUGGAUAAAGUCAUGGAAAUGUUUCCACAUCUGAUGGAUGCUGAGAAACUGGCUGCAGAGAUCCUCAAACUGAAGGCUCAGAGAGGGAUACUCUGAUGAUUUAUUUUUCAAUUUCCUUAUCAGCCUCCUUAUCUGGCUGAUUUAACCUCGUUGUGUAGACACUGUUUAAUCAAACAGGAUCUCUUUAGGAUCUGACAUAGUGUCUGCAAUUGAUUUGUUUUAGAACGGGUUAUAAUUAAGAAGUUCCACUCUAUAAUAUGCCAUUAUAGAAGUGUCAUUUGCUUGUCCUGAGCUGUGUUUAUUUGUAAGACAUUGUCGUCAUUGUUUUGAAUGAAAACCACCUCUAGAGCACAAGUAAUCAGGACUGUGUUUCUAGAGUUUUCCCUGUUGAUGCAUAUUGUGUCAAAUUUAAUAUUUAUUAAUCCUUGUCUAAAAAUAAGUUCUCAUAUAAUGAUGAGUCCCUGCUUUUGUAUUACUUUUCCUUUCUCUUUUGCUGUAGUUCUUCAAAACAGCCUACUGUUAAUAUAAUCUCUGUGAGGUGCAGUUCAUUUUAUUAUCAGGUUGGAUUUACAGUAAAUCCUCACCUAGCCAGGAAGCUGGGGAAUAACUUUGACUCAUGCAAAGUGUAUUUGCUGAUAAACCAGUGCUAGUUUGUUGGAUAUGAUCAGGAUGUGUGUUGCUUCAACUCUAUGUGAACUUGUGAAUGGGUUACUUUGUAAAGAACCACAAUGCACAUGUAUGAGGAGGUUACUCCACUUGUAUGUAGUUCUCUCAUGUAAUUUAUGCUUUAGAAAAUCACACUGUAAAAAUGUUCAAAAUAAAC